AUGGGCAGAGAGAAGAAGAAGGCACCGGCCGCCCCCCGGAUGCUGGCUGCUCAGGCUCGCCGGGCUAAACAUGAGCGAGCCAAAGGCUACAAAGACGGCGUCUGGCAGAAUCUCACGGCAGUGAACCCAGCUCCCACGCUCAAGCACAAGUCUUAUUACGAAUCGAUGCAAAACACGGAAAAGAAGAAGAAGCUCGACUUUGAGAUCUUGACGGACCGGGAGCCACCUCCUGGUUUUGAGUUCGUGCCAACAGGACAUCCCGAGUUGACCAAUGCCUGCAAAGAACUGUCUCGGGAGCAAGAUGCUCUCUUCUUCAUUGAUUCCAAAGAUACAACGAUUCUCGAUCAUCACAUGAACCGUGUUGGUUGCCACUUUCGACAGACUAUUGUUGAUGAAGCCAGGCAAAACCUCCAGAGCGCAGGGAUCCUCUACCAACCUUCCGUACCAGGCUUGCCGGGCCAACCAGAGCCCAUUCCAAAAAGCCAGACCGAGAUCAACAGACAGGCCGAUGCGGUCUUGAGAGACUUCUUCCCACGAAUUCCAAACACUGACAGACAUGAGAUCAUUGCUCAUGCAUUUAAGAAGGAUGGCAAAUUUCAUGGCGAGUACAAGGUCGGCAUGGCAAAAGACUUGACACUGGCUCGACGUGUUCAGCUUGCAGCGCUUGCCCACAUCCGCCACACGAUGACCAGAUAUGAUGAGCUGCUGAAAGAGACUGAUUGGGCAAAUGCCCGGAAAGCUGUGGAGAAGCCGUGUCUCGACAUUAUCGUCAAAUGGCGAGGCGACGAAGAGACCGGCAGGGAUCAGCUAGACGAGAUCCUGAGAGAAGUGAUCGAGAUCUCUGACACUGACGACGAUUCCGAAGACGAGAGCUCUGGACUUCAGAGCCCUGACUAUGGAUUUACCGACCGAUCUGCGGCUGCUUCGCCAAUGGUGACAUCGACCUCGCACACGCCGUCCCGGCCGGCUCAGCCCUCGUCGAUGGCACCUUUCCCUGCGCCUGCCAUGCUCAAUUGCCACGAUCCGGCGACGCCUCCCAGGCACAAGGCUAUGGUUCCAAGGUCUGAGAGAAGGACCGCGCGCAAGGCAGCGAAAGCCGCUCAGCGUUUUAAGCGGUACGCUGCCGCAGCUGAUGCAAUUGCGGACGAGAGAGCUCUAUCUUCUUUGCACCCAGCUCCGCACAGACUCUUGGACAGCCCUCGGAUGGGCGAUGCGUCAGUGUCAAAGGCCUUUCGUCAGGAGGGCAGUGGCAGCAGCAGUUCGAUCCUACCGGUUGGCCGUAGUGGCUAUCCGGCCGAGUAUACUGACCGGAUAUCGAACCAGCCCGGCCAUGCUGUCAUCGCGCAGUCUGACCCGCUCAGGCAUGACGCACCAUUCUUCGUGCAGCGGGUUGUCCCUGCCUCAGUAGGGUUCGAACAACUGUCCGAGCGAGCUCCGCCGCGGGCGAUCCAUGUCACAAGAGCGCAGCAGGAACCGCUCAUGACUUAUUCAAGAACGGCCUUGCAAGACCUCCUCGUCCCGUCCGUUGAGCCUGCUUCACCUCAAGGCCCUCCUCCAGCGUUCUACCCGUUAAGGGAAAGGCAUGGGCACCUGCAUGAGUCCGCAUUACCGCCGCCUGAUGACCACUCAUCCGGCGGUCAUGCAGCGUCUGCUAUAACUCAACCCCAGUUUACGGCUCACAAUGGAAGCCACCGUGAUCAUCGCCCGGCAGUGACUUUCUUUCCAGAGGAUUACGAGCGGCCAUCUCGACCUACGUUGGUCCCUCUUCCCACUUCAGAUACUGCCCAUGACCGAGUGGCGGCAGGAUACUCGUAUCAACAAAGCGAGCCAGCAAGGACGGUCAUCACAACUGAGUCGAUGCGACCACGCAUCACGGAGUAUUAUGGACAGCACUCAGGCGAGCGUGAGCACUUCGGCUCUGGCCUCGUUAGUAGCCAGGCCAACCCAAUCGUCGUAAAUGACGAUGCACCCCGUUACAUUGAGCGAGAAGGUGCCCGCUAUGUUCCUGUGCGUCAGGGACACGCUAUGAACUCGGAACGACAUUACCUCGUCGAACGCCGUGGCUACCACGAUCUGCCGUCUGCGUCGUCAGCAGGAUAUGUCCACGAACCGACGCAACGGAACGAGCCAGUUGUUCUCGCUUCCUAUACCAACCGCGCGGGCCCUACACACGAGCAGCACCGCACAGAAGUUUCCACGGCAGAAACGAAGUCACAUUUCGGUGAUCAUCACUUUGGCGACCAUGACCUGCUUCUGGUCCUGUAUAUGUUGAUUCCCGUCAUUCUAUUGUCCACUACGAGCCGAUGCAGAGUGGACAAGGCUUGCGUCCCCACAGGAACGUCAUGGUUCAGCCUCGCCCAUCCGAAACCCAACCUGCGCAAGAGCCAUUCUAUGUAG